ACUGGUUUAAUUUUCAUACGUACCCUAUAGUCAUAUGGCAACCUCAGACAUAUUAUUCUCAUUCUUCUUCUUCUUCUUCACCUUCUUACUUCCUCAGAUAGCAGAUAGCAGAUGUGGUGGUUCAACAUGCUAUGGGAGCGGCCCACUGAUUCGAUUCCCUUUCCGGCUAAGAUACCGCCAACCGCUAAAUUGUGGGUAUUCCAUUCAUUUUGACCUUUCAUGCAACAGUACACAAAAAAGCACCAUUCUCACCCUCCCUUCUUCAGGAGACUUCGAGGUCGAGAGCAUCCAUUACAGUGACCAAACCAUGUGGAUCAACGACCUAAACUGGUGCAUGCACAAAAGAUUCCUUGACAAAGACUUCGGUCUUGUAGGCACGCCUUUCCAUUUCUGGCAUAGCCUGGAAAACUAUACCUACUUCAAGUGCCCGUCCAAAGUUGUGGCUAUUGGGUCUUUUGCACCAAUCUCUUGCCUUGACGAUUACAAUUACAACGUCAUUGCUGUCCCGUCGAGUUGGUCAACGACUGAGAAACCAGCUCCUCAGUCUCUUUGUCUUGCAAUUUCCACAGCUUUGCUUCCGGCGAGUUUUGGGUGGGAGGAGUUUGCUGUAAAGUUGACUUGGGGCGUUCCCGAUUGUCGUUCUUGUGAAGCAAAUGGUAGAGUUUGUAAGCCUAAUGUGACAAGUUCGCACAUUGAGUGCUCAACUGAUGGUAUCCCAAUAUCCUCAAAGACCGGCAUAGCAAUUAGCGUGUUGAUUCCGGCAGGGCUGUUGUGCAUUGUUGGAUACGCACUCUAUGUUGCGGGCAGGAGGGAUGAUGGUCUGGUCCAAGAAACAAACAGGCGUGGUCAGCUUCAAGAACUCAUUCAAGCCAAUGGACAACCUCAAGUAGUUACAGCGGGUCUUGAUGCUCAGACUAUUGAGUCAUAUUUGAAGACUCAACUUGGUGAGAGUUUAGAAUUACCUGACCCUAAUAACAAAACUUGCUCGAUAUGUUUGGGUGAGUACCAGUCCAAGGAAAUGCUAAGGACUAUACCAGAAUGCAAUCACUAUUUUCAUGUUGGUUGCAUAGACGAGUGGCUUAGAAAGAACCCAACAUGUCCACUUUGUCGAAAUCUUCCUCGAACACCCGAAGUGUCAUUAGUGAGACCUCACGAUGAUCAUUCUAUGUGUUAAGAGAUGAAACACAUCUUCGUCUUUGGAUAAAGUUGCAUGAAGAAAUAAAAGAAAAUGUGUGUAUA